AAAAAAAAAUUCUUCAAGCUCCUUCUCAACUAAGAGCCAAAGAAAACAGGCGUAGUAUCUUAUACAUUAUUAACUUCGCGCAAUCUAGCACAAUCCAGAAUCUUUUUGAUUUGUUUGAAGCAAAAGCUGUCUUUUUUCCCAUUGAUAGCUAUCAAAAUAUUAUCAAGUAUUAUUAACAAGUAAUAGUUUAUUAUUAUUCGUUCUACUACAAAGCUAAUCUAUACAAAGUAGUAGCAAAAACUAUUUCCUACAACAAAAUUUUCUCAACCAUAUUGCAAUUAUCCACCUCAUCUUGUAAAUACAGAAAAUGAGUACAAGCACGAACAGAACCCAUCCUGUUAUUCAGCAGCCACCAUCUGAUCAAAAAAGUAGUUCUAGACCACCAUCAAAACAACCAGGUGGAUCAAGAGGAGGUAAACAAACAGUCUAUAGCAGCAGUAACAGUACUUCUAGCACCAACACAACAAGUAGCGCCAAUACAACCAAUAAUUCUACUAACAAUGUGGCCAGUAACGGUUCAGGUAGCAAUAACAACAGCAGAAAUAGAAGAUACUAUAACAACAAUACAACCAAUAACAAUUCUAACUCCUCAGCAAGUAAUUUAAACAACAACAAUAAUAAUAAUCAAAAUAGAAACAACCAAAACACCAACAAUAAUCAAAGUAAUACCAACAAUAAUAACAACAAUAGAGGAGGAAGAUUCAAUUCAAAGCAAUCAUACAACCAUCAUCGUAAUCUCCUGGAGAAUAUGAACAAAGUUAAUGAGAAUCUCCACCAAGAAAUACCUCAACAAUCAACAACCACUCCAUCCACCUCCGUCCCUACCACUUCUCCAACUACCGCUCCAAAAUUGUCAUAUUCAGCAAUUGUUGGUGGACAAACAGUCACUGACGAUAUCAACGAACUAGAUACUCAUAAACCAUCCAACUUGGCUAUUGCUAAAGAAUUGGUUCAAGACGAAUUAUGGAAAGAUAAGCUUAGUUUGCCACCUAGAGAUGACCGUAUGCAAACUGAAGAUGUUACACUUACCAAAGGUUCUGACUUUGAAGAAUUCGGCUUAAAGAGAGAAUUAUUGAUGGGUAUCUUUGAAAAGGGUUUCGAAAGACCAUCUCCCAUCCAAGAACAAACUGUCCCAUUAGCUCUUUUCGGUAGAGACAUUUUGGCCAGAGCCAAGAACGGUACUGGUAAGACUGCUGCUUUCAUUAUUCCUUGUCUUGAAAGAGUUGAUACUUCAAAGAAUCAAAUCCAAAUUUUGAUUUUGGUUCCAACAAGAGAAUUGGCUUUGCAAACAAGUCAUGUUUGUAAAGAAAUCGGAAAGUACCUCAACGUUGAAGUCAUGGUUACCACAGGUGGUACUUCUUUGAAAGAUGAUAUUGUUAGACUUUACAAGCCUGUUCACAUUCUCGUAGGUACACCAGGUAGAAUUAUCGAUCUUGCUAGCAAGGGUGUUGCUAACUUGAACAAUGUUUCCAUGUUGGUCAUGGAUGAAGCUGACAAACUUUUGAGUCCUGAAUUUGUUCCAUUGAUUGAAAAACUUAUUUCAUUCGUUCCUCCAUCUCGUCAAAUCCUCUUAUUCUCUGCUACCUUCCCAAUUACUGUUAAGGACUUUAGAGACAAAUGGCUCACCAAACCAUACGAAAUCAAUUUGAUGGACGAGUUAACACUCAAAGGUGUAACCCAAUACUAUGCCUUUGUCGAAGAAAGACAAAAAGUUCACUGUCUUAACACUUUAUUCUCUAAGCUACAAAUCAACCAAUCUAUUAUCUUCUGUAACUCUGUUAACAGAGUUGAAUUGUUGGCCAAGAAGAUUACUGAACUUGGUUAUAGUUGUUUCUACAUCCAUGCCAAGAUGCCACAAGAUUUGAGAAACCGUGUCUUCCACGACUUUAGAAAUGGUGCUUGCAGAAACUUGGUGUCUUCCGACUUGUUCACCAGAGGUAUCGAUAUUCAAGCUGUUAACGUUGUUAUCAACUUUGACUUCCCAAAGAACUCUGAAACCUAUCUCCACAGAAUCGGUAGAUCUGGUAGAUAUGGUCACUUGGGUUUGGCAAUUAACUUUGUUACCUAUGAAGACAGAUUUAACUUGUACAAGAUUGAACAAGAAUUGGGUACUGAAAUUAAGCCAAUACCUCCAACUAUUGACAAGAAUUUGUAUGUCGCUUAAGCUGAUUUAAUUUAUUAUCAAACAGCCCUAAGAGUUGUUUCUCUCAAAAGGAGACAAUUUUCCUCCCACCAAAUCUUUUCUCCCUCCAAAUUUGUAUUACAUGGUUCCUUUCUAUAAGCUCUCAACGCCAUAACCUAAUCAAUAUUUCACUAUUAUUCAAACAGUGUCAUAUUUUGAACCAUGUGAGUCUUAAAUAUCCGAGAGCUUGGGCAUUCUUUGCUCCUAUUCAUAUUAUUGGUGCUAAUAAAUGUUUCUUC